AUGCCUGUGUUUAAAAACCUAGUCGAACUCUUCUCUAAUCUGUCACCACGACGACGCCAACGCCAGACCGAAGAUCAACGAUCUGCUGCUCAACGGGCUCGACCACCGCCCUCAACCCCUCCUCGUGCUCGACCAGCUGGAUCUGGUCGCAGUCCUUUCACCCUGGUAGCUGAUGAAACCCACCUGACCGAAACCACCUCUCCCCAAAACGCUGGGAUAGCUCCUCUUCCAACUGUUGCUCACAGUUAUGUCGAUACUUUUUCGUCCCCAACUGGAUCUACAACCGCAGACGAACAAUUGCGCACACGUUCCUCUCACCCUUUUCUAAGUCCUAUUACCCGGUUAGACAUGUCCCGUCGGAACCCGCAGCCUUUUUCUGCCGGCAGGCAAAAGCUGAUACCCCCACCCAUUCGCAGGCCGGGUGAUUCGUUGCAGAUGUUGAACAAGGACCAGCAGAAGGAUUCCCAGAAUCGGCAAGAUGAGGCUCGUUUGUUUGGAGCCAGAUAUCAUGAUUCCAACGCUGUCAAGAUAAAGCCCGGAGCAACCCUCAAUUCUAGGAACAAGAAGCCAGGGGUAAAUUCCAGCCUUUACAUCCAUGACUAUGACAUAUCGUCUGAUAAUAAUCGGGCACAGUCUAGCUUCGCGUUCUCCCCCCGGGACAAAAUCUCGCAGAACCAGAAUACCCGAAGCAGCGGGCCGGUCCGUUCUUACGGAGAACCAAACCGACAAAGCUCACGAAGAAAGUCGCCCCAACUUGAAGAUGAGUUCGAAGAGUCCGGUCGCCCUGCCAAGAUGCGGCGCCAGAGUGACACCAGCGAAACCAUUGACCUUACGGCCCCAGCAAAUUCAGCCACGGAUCGAUUGGAACAGGGACCCAUGCCCUCCCUCCACCACCCAAACGCAACUCGUCGCAACCGACGUGAAGGUUUCAGGGACGCGGAGAACGGCGUGAAAGUAGCGCAAAGCUCUAUUCGUCCUCGGCAUGGCCAAUUCUCUUCUACUGACUCCCGGGAUGAAAGAUUUACCGAAACAGCAGCGCACCAACGGCGAAACCAGGCGAGAUCUACGAAUCCCCGGCUGCCUCAGGUCAAUGGCAAAUCAAGCCAGACUACAGACGCCGUUGGUAUUGGGAGCAUUGGGGUUGGACCAAAUAGAGCUGGUCGGAAUCGCACUGCAGCUCCUUCGACGAACACCCAUCGUCCUGUCAACGGCAGGGAAAGUCCAGAUGAACUUCAAGGGGACAUCACCACACGUCCAGUACCGAGAGCUUUCUCAGAAAAACAAACCCAGACCGCUCGCCUAUCCAAACCUGGAAUACACACAGAAACACCGUCUCGGAGACGCUCCUCGUCCGAUACCCGAAGUCCAGAUCUUUCGCCACCUCCACCGGUCACGAAAAAGACCAAGAUCUCUCAAAAGAACUCUGAAAAGAAACAGCUGUUGUCGUAUUUCCGAAUCGGCACCUUCGGCAAAUCUUGCGUCGCGAGGCAAUUCGUCCCAAUUUAUCUGAACAAGGAAGGUCUUGUACUUCGUGAGGAUGCACUCGGUCAGGGUAACACAAUAUCGAUCCUUUUUCGAAACUUCCACCAGCUUAUUGUCGGCGAGACGCCCAGCCGGAAAGUGAGAAUCAAAAUGUUGCAAGGUUCCGUCCAAGCAGGCGAGCUGCUGGACAUUGAGUUUUGGACCACUGAAGCCAGGAUGAAGUUCCUGGAAUUGUUGGAUCAACCCGAGGAGCUGCAUAGUCUCAGAGACAUGAAAUGGAUGGACAGAGCAUUUUUGAAAUAUGAAAAGCAGUUCCCACAGGAGAACAAGCGGCCGAAGAAGCGGCUUCUUGAUGACUUGGUGGAAGACCCUGAUCCUGCGCCUUCUCCUCCCUCCCGACGUCCCAAACUUUCAAAAUCCUUGAGAGAUGACCAUGGUGAAGUCAACAAUGCUAAUCCACUUGAUAUCAACUGCGCUGCUCAGGAAAACGGAAGACAUGGAAACGACAGUGUUGAUCCUAGAACGUCUGCCAAAGAGCAACGGAAUUUCCGGCCUCUUGAUACCGAUGCUGGAAUUGGUGUUCGAUCUACCGUCAAACCACCGGAACGCGAGACCCGGUCUUCUACCCGCCGUGUCGCUAGCAAACCAGACGUGUCAAAUGGAGGCAUUACAUCUGAAGCAAACUCGCACUCACUUCCCAGGGAUGAUUCUUUCAGGCACAACUGGAAGAAACCGUUGGUGUAUCCGCGAAAUGGAAAGAAGAAGGCCGAGGUCACCCUUGGCGAUCGUGAACGGUUACUUAGGGAUGACUUCCUGAACGAUAACCUGAUCGCUCUCUACAUGCGUUUUCUUCAGGAUCAUCUCGAACGCACCAACAAAGAGGCUGCCGAGCGGAUCUACUUCUUUAACACCUAUUUCUUUGCGACUCUCACGAACACCCCUCGGGGUGACCGUGGGAUCAACUACGGUGGUGUGGAGAAGUGGACUCGGAACGUCGAUCUCUUCAGUUAUGAUUAUAUCGUUGUUCCUAUCAAUGAGAAUGCCCAUUGGUACGUCGCAAUCAUUUGCAACUUGCCAAGCUUGUCUCUUGGCUCUGCCGAGGCCGUAGAGCCGGUUCAAACACCGACUCUACGCAAAGGAUCAUCCAAUGCGUCUGAGAGUGAGAUCCAGGAAAUUGAGGAGACCCCCGAGCCGGAAGCAAAGUCAAAGUCAGAGCCCAACGCUUCUCACAACGCCAGCCAGCCUCGUGAGAUUCGAAAGGGAUCUGAGAUCAGGGGGCACCUUGCUUCCCUGCAGGUUGAGGGGCAGUCCGCGCGCGACGAGGAGUCACUUCCACCCCCAAAUCUCUCCAAAUUCGCAGCCCAAAAGCUCGCCCAAGACCAGGCCGCGGCCUCACAACCGACAAACAAAUCCAAGAAGAAAAGAACUGGGUUAAAGUUGGAUCCCAACCAAACAACUAUCAUCACAUUUGACUCACUCGAUAUGCCUCGCUCCCCCACCAUCAGAAUACUACGCGAGUACGUCUGCCGCGAAGCGGAGUCUAAGCGUGGCGUGGAACUUGACCCGAACGACGUCAAGGGCAUGCGAGCUCGUGACGUCCCCCUUCAGCCCAAUUUCUGGGACUGCGGUCUCUAUCUGCUGGCAUACUUGGAGAAGUUUGUUCAAAGUCCUGAUUGGUUCAUCACGAAGGUGCUACAGCGGAGCAUGGAUUCUAACGACGACUGGCCUCCAUUAGGCUCUGGUCUCCUGCGAUACCGUCUUGGCAAAUUUCUAGACGAGCUGUACGAGGAACAGCGGCAAGCCGAUGAGCCUGUCAUGGCAGCUAGACGACCCGUUUCAUUCCUGCUUGGUCCGCCCCUUCUUUGUCAGGAGGAAAUCGCCGAUGUUGAUGUGGUGCCUGAGUCUCAGCAUGGCACAGAUCCUUCAAAAGACUCUGCGAAGACUGCGAAUUCGAAGACCGAAGACUCGAGUGAAGAUUCGACCGCGGACCAGAUACAUCUCUUACCUACCGAAACCAUCCCGGAACCAACCCCCUCGAGCCCACACAAAGGAUCCCCCAACCCACCUGCAGACGCAAAGUCACGCAAUAACCAUGUUCGUCCACCGAAGGAGGAACCCGUCAUUCAGGUACCCGGUAGCCAGGAAGAGCCCGAAGUGCCAGACACCCCGCCCCCUACAAGAAGAGAGCGAAGGAAACAAAGCCCACGAGGCCCUUCACGAAAGAGAUGA